UCAGUCAUGCUGUAACUUCCUGCAAAAGCGUGUGUCGAUUUUUUGGAAUCAAAAAUGGAUUUUAAAAGGAAAGCAGUAGAAACUGCGGUUGUUCCAGUGAAGAAACCUCGAACUGACAUCACAGCAUAUGGUGCAGGACAGAGUGGAGCCCUGAUAGAAUCGGGCCCACCAAGGCUCUCUAACCUGGAGGCUCCUAUAAUGCAGCUGAGUGGACAUGAGGGUGAAAUCUACACAGCCAAGUUCUCCCCUGAUGGACAGAUGAUAGCAUCUUCAGGAUUUGACAGAUUAAUUUUGUUCUGGACUGUGUACGGUGAAUGUGAAAAUUUUGCUGUAUUGAAAGGACAUACAGGAGCAGUCAUGGAACUUCAGUUUUCAACAGAUGGAAACUCACUGGUCACAGCAUCCACUGACAAAACUGUUGCAUUCUGGGAUGUUGAAGUUGGGGAGAGGAUCAAAAAGUUGAAAGGUCACACAACAUUUGUUAAUUCAUGUCAGAUUGCCAGACGAGGCCCACAGCUCAUUUGUAGUGGAAGUGAUGAUGGUACAAUCAAGCUUUGGGAUGCAAGGAAAAAGGGGUGUCAGCAGACCUUUCAGAGCACAUACCAAGUCACUGCUGUGUCGUUCAAUGAUACUGCAGAGCAGGUCAUAUCAGGAGGGAUUGAUAAUGAUAUAAAGGUUUGGGAUCUGAGGAAGAAUGACAUUUUGUACCGAUUACGAGGUCAUACAGACACGGUGACUGGACUUCAACUCAGUCCCGACGGAUCUUAUCUUCUGUCAAACUCCAUGGAUAACACAGUAAGAAUUUGGGAUGUGCGGCCAUUUGCUCCCCAAGAGAGAUGUGUGAAGGUUUUUCAAGGACACCAGCAUACUUUUGAAAAAAAUCUAUUGAGGUGUGCCUGGUCACCAGAUGGCAGUAAAAUAUCAGCAGGCUCGGGGGACAGGUACCUGUACAUCUGGGAUACUACAUCUCGACGAAUACUAUACAAGUUACCAGGGCAUGCAGGGUCUGUGAAUGAUGUAGGCUUCCAUCCUACAGAACCAAUAGUUAUGUCAUGUUCCAGUGACAAGAAGAUUUAUCUUGGAGAAAUUGAAUGAAAUUUUGAGAUUGGGUGCAUGUACAAAGUGUUCUUGAUGACAAAAGGGGCACCUGUAAGUGGCAGCAGUAAAAUUUACAGUGAGUCUCCAGAGUCAAACAACAUAGACAACAGAAGUAAUUCCUGUGUUAGUUUGAUGCAUAGGUAUUGACACAACUAAUGGAGGAUGAAAGCACACAAUACAUAGCUAUUUGUGAGGUUGAACAAAGGUUAUGCAUCACAAUUCCAUUAUGAUUCUGUGCAAGUGAGUGAAGAGAUUUUAUUGUAGAAGUUGACAUAUUGAUAUUUGUAUUUGCUGAAAUGUUGGAUCUGAGAGUAUUCAUUGAUUCUUUUGGUAUGAAUGUUUAUUUCCAUUUUAAACAUUGAUCCCAUACACACACUUGUAAUUUUGUUAAAAUAAUAAAUGAAAAGACUUCAAUUUAAUAAUAAAAGCAUUUUCUUUAUUAAAAUUUUCAGUGUCAAUUAUAAAGAUGGUUUAUCAUUUAUCAAUGCUUUCAUUCAAUACAGCGCAUUCAUAAAUAAAAUCAAAAUCUCACAAA